GUCAGUUGAAGGAAGAAGUUGCAGCCGCCAUCUUACAACAGCAGUAACGUGGUUCGCAAAAGGCGGGUUCUGGGUCAUUAUUUACUAACUUGGAGUGACAUUCUGUUAAGGAUGGAGCAAAUCGUACGCCUACAGGGGCUUCCUAAAGCUGGUACUUCUGGUGAUAUUCGUCGUUUCUUUUCUGGGUUGGCUAUCCCUAAAGGAGGAGUUCAUAUUCUUGGUGGACAACUUGGUGAGGCCUUUGUUAUAUUUCAGUCACCUGAAGAUGCUCAAACUGCCCUCAGGCAAGCAGGAGGAGAUAUAAAAAAUUCAGCUAUUCAGAUUUUCCUAAGUAGCAAGGCAGAAAUGGAGCACACUAUUGACAUUUGGUUUGGUGCUAAAAGACCAGGGCCUGGGUUAGAAAAGGUUAAAAAACCAGUACCCAAAGCUAAAAAUGCAGUUAAAGAAACAAAGCAAUCCAAAGAGGAAGAAAGUGUGUAUUUAUUUUUAGUUGGUCUUCCAUACAGUGUUACAACUGAUGACAUCAGAAAGUUUUUUCAUGGUCUCCAUGUAGUGGAUAUUAUUCUUUUAAAAAAUUCAAAGGGUCUUCUCAAUGGAAAUGGCCUUGUUAAAUUUGGCAGUGUUGAAGAUGCCAAUUCAGGAUUGCUGCGUAAUAAGAAGUACAUUGGUCCUAGAUUUAUUUCCAUAAGGAGAACUAAUGAAGAAAAGUGGAUCAAUUCUGGUGGACUGAGAGAUAAAACGCAUGAUCCUAUUCACGAAGGAAGAGCUCGAUCUCCUAAUCAACAUAAUUAUUCAGAAAAACGUUCCCGAUCCCUAGAAAAACCAGAAGUGUCGCCAAAAAAACUAAACACAGGAUCACUUUCAACUGUUAAACAAUUUUACAUACAUUUAAAAAAUAUACAUUCUUCUGUGGAAAAACAUGACAUUAAAAACAUUUUGGGUGAUCCAGCGAUGUCAGAUUCACAAAUCAAAUUUCUUAAUAAAAAACAAAAUGAAGAUAGUAAAGAGGGAUUUGUUAUGCUUCAAAAUGAGAGCCAAUAUGAGAAAUGUCUGGGUUUAAAUGGAAUUGUUUUAGUUGAUCGUCCACUUUUUAUACUUCCUAUUGCCAGGAAAGCAAUGUUAGAUUUAAUAGAAUCUAGUGAAGCUGAAGCAAUUUCUGAGGAAGAAAAAAAUGCACCUAAGCAUUCUGGCAUAAAAAGAUAUGUAUAUUUAAGGAAUCUUCCUUUUGAUGUAAAUAAAAGAGAAGUUUGGGAGUUUUUUGCUGGCUUACCAGUGAUUGAAGAGGACAUUGUACUGCUAUAUGAUGAUAAAGGAGUGGGUUUGGGAGAAGCUCUGGUAACCUUUCCAUCUGAAGAAGAGGCUAUUGCUGCGGAACGCUUGAACAACCAGAUGUAUUUGGGUACAGAAGUACUGCUGAUGCGUAUUUCAGAGGAAGAAAAGACUGCCUUUAAUUUGAAUAUUUGCCCUCCUGUCCCUUAUAGAGAGCAAAUAAUUCCACCUGCUCGUAGAGAUGACCUUUUGGAAUCCGUACAUCUUCAAGAUCAAGCCAGGCAUUCUUUGUCCGAUUUAUGGUAUCGUUCUGAAGAUUUCAGAUUUCCUCCAUUAGACCCUAGAGGCCCAUACUAUAGGGAUUCUAUGGAAGAUGAGCUCUUUUGGAGAUUCAAUGAAGCAUACAGAAUGAGAUACAGAGAUGAAAUUCCAAGCCAGAGUUUUGUCAGACGAUCAGCUCCUGCAACAAUUCACCUAAAGAAUUUGCAGCCAUCUACAACGGCUGAAGAUAUAUUAAACUUUUUCUAUGGUUAUCGUGUUAUUCCAGAGUCGGUUAUCUUUAGAAUCAUACAAACAAAGAAAAGAGGUCCCUUGGUAAAAGCCACAGUAUGCCUCGAAAGUCAUGAGGAGGCAAUGGCUGCUGUUAGAGAACUCCAAGAUAAACCUAUUGGUGACAGUAAAGUUAGGUUGACGCUUAUACAAUAAAAAAAAAAUUUCAAUGUGAUCUUUCAGACUUGGAUUAAAACUCAUUUGAGUUUUUUAAAUUACUAGGCUGAAUGAUUAAUUUUUUGUGAAUGGCUUCAAACAUUGGGGUGGCUUUAUUUUUUACAGUAACGUAGUUAUGUGAACCUUUCAGUGGAUUGUGAGAAAUGUUCUCAAUUAACAAAUUGUAAAUAAAAGGGUCAGUGCAUUCCUUAUUUUUUUUCCCCUACCUUGUAAACCAUGUAAGUAAUUUGCCUUAUGUCAUUCCUGUCUGUUUGCUGUUCAUGGAUUAAAAUUUGAUUUAUA